CCAAGUAAAUCUGCCACAUAUCGGAUGAGUCCGAUCGGCGUGUUUAAACAGGCACAUCCCCAUGGAGUGCCUGAACACCUGAGCCCCAUGUCCACUGUCUCAGUUGAAGAAUCUGAGCUCCAUGGUGUCGCGUGCUUCCAUGACAACACUGGCGCACAUGUCCACCGACCUGUGGAGGGCCAUGGACGCCAAGGCGGAGUUGGUUGCCUGCAUGCUGCCGCACAAGGCGGGCGAAAGCAACCUCUUCAUCAGGGAGGACAAGGACCUUGCGCUCGGUGCCAUGGUGCAGAGCUGCUCGCCCACUCAGGUCCAGCAGUCUGUGAUGUCAUCCCACGAUAGAUCAGGAAGCAGCUCCCUUCGUCACCAGCUCCCUGACCAGCCCUACCAUUGGCCCGUGGCCUACUCGCUCGGCCAGAGGAAAGCCUGUAUCCUUACCUGUGAGAGGAAGAGGAACACGGAGAGACAUGAGGGAUUCGGACAUUGAACAUCAGCUCGAUUAUUGAACUUGAUUAUUGUAGUUUCUGGGCUUAUUGUUUGUUUUAAUGCCUUCAUUUUUAAAAAAAAAUAGUGUUUUUUACAAACAGACUAACAAACUGUAUUAAAUGUA